AGCUUUGGAAAAAGCCUGGUUGUCUGAUAUGAUUUGUUUUCUAAAAACCAUUAACACCCAACUGUUUUAAUGCAUAAGAUUCGAGGUCGUUUAUGUGCUUGACGUCGCGAACUUUGACGUAGUUUUCUCUCUUUUCGUACAUGUGUCCUCAACUGAGUACAGUUUUACGCGAACACUCUGAACUUAAGCGUCUCCGUUCACAUGUUAGUCUAAUAACAUGUUUUACGCUUUCAAUCUGUUCAGCCGCGUACAUGUACAAACUUCUAGACGAAGCUAUUGCGGAUUUCGAAGCUGAACUUCCUGAAAGUGAUGACUUUAGAGAAGAUAUGAAUGAAAAACGAAGUCCGAAAACCGUUUCUCAACUAAGAGCUGUUUUAAAUCAGCGUGGGGUGCUUUAUUCUUCCGUUGAACUUAAUGAUAUUGAGUUUGCAGUUAACUCUACCGGUGUCAUUACUUCGAGUGAACUUUCAAAUGCCGAAGCUGAGCAGUUGAAGUUUGCAAACACAAAUUUCUCAAACUCCCCAGAUGCACUUCUGUACAGAAAACUAGUUAAUCCGUUUCAUCAGUCUGUAAAUUUGGAUUACGCGUCAUCUAGUUUCAAACCAAAUAGCAUUGUAUUUGACAGUGAAUCCGAAUUUAUUGAACAUGUUGAAGAUAAAAAGGAUAGUGUUUGGCUUUUAGCCGUAGCUUCUCCACAGUCUCUCUCUUCAUCAAUCGCGGGAGAUCAUACAAGCACAACUCCAUCCAGAAUAAAACCUUCAUCAGUUGUUACUGAGCAGAUUUGGUCUGUUUUAUGUUAUCGGUAUCAGUCCUUUGGAUUUAAGAUGGGUUUGCUGAACUGUGGAAAACUGCACAGCCUCUGUAUUGAUCGUGGCUUCAUUAAUCCUGACCUUAUUCUUGCCUUACCCAAAGGUGGUGAGCGUAUGAAAGAUAUAGUACAAUUUCGACCUUUGCCUAAAGAUCCAAAAUCUACAUCAAUUAUUGAUCAUGAAUCAAGUAACUACAUCUUAGAAGGUAUCCACACAUGGAUUGUAUCAGUGUUAGCAGAACGUGUAAAACCAUUGAAUAACAUAAACAGCAUUUAUUCAGUAAAUUCAAUAUUAUCGAUUGACCGAUUGAUAAAAAUGGAUUAUUUAAAACAUUUAUUUUCAUUUUGGUUAUUGAAACGACCUCAACCAAUUCAUGUUCUUUGGUUUCCUGAAUUCUCUGUCAAGUCGAAGUUAAGUCGCUCACAUCAACAACCAUCAUUAGUUUUAAGUGCACUUUCUGUAACAUAUACUGGUCGAGUUCGUUUUUGGAUUGUAACGAACGAAACACUGAAACACAAUCACACAGCGAUUAAUAAUAACGUCAAUAAUUGGCCAAUCACAGAUUCAUCUAUUAACACAGUACAUGACUUGUUAGUCAAUUUAAAUUGUACCAUUAAUUCUCAUUUUCUCAUAAUAACACCCGAAGGUAAAUGUUACUCAUUUGGUUCAAAUGAAAGGGAAUAUUUAAGCUACGAAAAUCUUGAAAUAUUGUUACACUCUUUAUAUCCUUCAGCAGAUGAUUUUCUUUGGAUUGUUGUACUUUUAACUACAAUUUUAGUCUUAAUUAAUGGUGCUAUGGAAGCUGGUAGAAUUUUAUCGAUUCUUAUACAUUCAUUUUAUGUAAAUCAUGGUGUUGUGGAAAGGCAUCAUGCUAGUACUGGUAACCGUCGGUCAGCUUUAGCUAGAACUGUGACUAGACUAGCACGUCAAGGAUGGACUUCUCAUAUUCCUAAUUUCAAUAUUAAUCAACAUUAUGAAGUUAUUAAUGAUAAUAAUAAUAAUAGACUAACUGAUAAUCAUUAUCGUUCAACUGAUGAAAAUCGAUUAAUUCAUGGUGAUCAACUGAACAGUUCAUCAUCAACCAAUGUACAAUCGUUUAUAUUAUCUCAUAUUUUAGAAUGGAUAAAAAUAUUUUUCCUAGACUUGUUCUCAGCUUAUGUUCUUCUUCUUUUAGCUAUUUUACCAUUAUUAAAUCUAUUAAGUUUAUCUUAUUCUUUGCCUAUUAUUAAUUUAACUCUCUAUUUAUUAAGGUCAUUUGUUUUAUCCUCACCUAUAAUCAAUUUACGUCUUACUAUCCUAUCAGGUCAUUUAAACUGGUAUCAUUUAUUUUCAUUUAUGUUAACGUUUUGGUUGUUUAUUGUAUUUUUGUCAAGUUGUAUAAUGUCAAAAUAUGAAAAACAUAAUGAUCAUUUUACUAACAAUUCACAUUCUCGUCGUAAUCGACUAGAUCCUGUUUUAGUUCGAGAACGGUUAAAUCAAAUACCACCUGAUCAGUUAUGGGAUGAAUUGUCUCGUUUGAUCAUUCAAUCAGAUAUUGAGCUAAGAUCUGGUUCAGCAGAUUCUGCAACUUCAAGUACAUUAGAAUCUGAUAAUCGUUAUCCUCAUUAUCAAACUUUUAAUAAUCAAUCGAAAUGUGCAAAUGAACGUCUAUCAUCCAAUCUUAUUACAACACAAAGUGAUCAUAAAGAAAAUACAGAAGUCGUAGAAGGUUAUCGUUUAUUGCGUAGACUACGUAGACUUUAUCAUAUUCUCAGUCAGCAAACUGAUCAUUUAACGUCAGCUUCAAUGAAUCCAAUUGCUUCGUUUUCAUCGGCAGAUGUAUAUCAUCAAGGGAGUAGAGAAAAUAAUGAAUCGUUAAACCACAAAACUGCAGCACAUAUGUACACUUGGAACUGUUUAAGUUCACUUGGUAAUAAUAAUGCUAAGCCUCAUAGCAGUGUAAAUUCUAGUCACUGUCAUUCUCAAACAAGAAAAUCAUUUAGUAACACUAAGCAGCCCAUAAGUAAUGUUGUGGAUACUAAUUAUGAAGCUGAAGAUGAAUAUGAAGAUACUUCUAGUGAUGAUCGUAUUUAUCCGAAAAUUUCAUCUCUUACAAGACGAAGGUACAAAACUCAUCUUCGUCCUAAUAUAAGAAGUAAUCACUUAUCAAAUUCAAUAAUUGUAUCACCAAGUUCCAGUUCUACCUCAGAUACGGACACUAUUGAUCAUGAGGCAUACUUGAACAACAGUUUUCUUCAUUCUCGAAAAAUUUCAAAACGUAGUAAUUUACUAUCCAAUAAUUCUAUAUUGUCCACUUCUUCCUCUUCAUCAUAUAUGUCGUCCAAUGAUAUAAAUUUUUCAAAUCCUUUAAACGAUUGGCCAUCAUGGGUUGUACCAUGUAAAGAAUGUGUUGUAUGUUGGCAAAAAUUUCGUUUAGGUGUACGACUAAGUGCACUUCCAUGUGGACAUGGUUUUCAUGAAUAUUGUAUUCGAAAAUGGUUAGAUACUGGUGCAUUUGAAUGUCCUGUCUGUCGAUGGCCAGCAUAUGCACCUCAUUUACGUCAACAAUGUCAAAUGAUUGAACAAUUAAUUAAUGCCGUUCAAAAUACUAUUGAUUAUGCAAAAAAUUCUAAUAACAAAAAUUAGUAAUGGACAUUAUUCACAUCAUUUAUAGUUGUAGAUAUAAUCAAUCAGUUAACUUUCUUUUGUUUUAGCAUAAAUUGUUUAUCUUUGUAACUUUUACACUACGGUUCAUCAUUUAUUUGUACAAAAAAAUUUCUUUCUUUUAAUAAAAUCCAAAAUAUGUUUUUCGUAAAAUACUCUUUUUCUUCAUAGAAUAAAUAUGUAUGUCUGCUCUAUGAAGUUGUUGUGAUCAAGUAUAUUUUAGCCAUUGGUUGAUAGACUAAAAGUUCCUUUAUAGUUUGAAUUAAUUCUAAGUCUAUUCUGUUUAGUUCGACUCAAACAGAUAAUUUUGUUCGCUCUUAAAAUUGGCAUAGAAUAUAUGCGAUAUUAGCUAUUUUUGUAUGAUGUAUGCUGGUUAAUUGAGUAAUCAGUAGACUUAAAAUAGUUUUAUAUAGGAUACGAAAUACCAAAUGAAUUUAUUGGUUUCCAAGUGAUAGUUUUCUUACUAUCUGAUUAGAUUUUCCACUUAGUUUAUCAAUAUCAAAGGGUGUACGUUAUAUCAUGCCAGAUAUACUUGUUGUAAAGCGUUAUGACUAGAGGCAAAAACGCGUCAUACUCCCAAUGGUUUUGACAUGUGAUGGUAAAUUCGUGUGUCCUAUAAAUAGACAGUCUCUCCAGCUAUGCUGACUUCUCAUAACAGAAGGGAGUUAGGAAUUAUCGGCUCUAGAAAUAACACACUUCACCAUCCCCCACGGAUUCUCACUGGAGAUCGUAAGGUCUGCGAAAUAUUGAACUAAUAUGUCCAAAUCUAUUCAUAUGAUAACGUAACAUCUGCCUUGUUGCACCCCUAGUUUGAUAGGGCUACUACCUGCUCAAUUUCUUUCUUUAGUCCCUUAGAAAGAAAUCCUUCGGCGCUGUAGAUAACAGGCGUUAAAAAACUAAAAACACUCGAUCUUUUUCAUCUUAUGAUACAUUUUCAGCAUUUAGUGUAAAAUUGAACCGUGACCCCUUAAUACUUAUCUUUGCCUCUAUAGAGGCAAUUCAAACACUUCACUUCUACCC